AUGGCUCGCAAGAGAAAGCUCUCUGAGAGUGAACUUUUCGAUUACACCAACACUUCGUCGGACUCCGAAUAUUCCGAAUCUAACGGCAAGAGACCGGUGGCCAGGAAUGCGGCCAAUGCUAGGGAAAGGGCUCGCAUGAGGGUUCUCAGCAAAACAUCAUUGCCGUGGGUUCCGGCGGAUACUAAACUUUCCAAAUUGGAUACAUUGAGAUUAGCGGCCAGUUAUAUAAGUCAUUUGCGACAGAUAUUGGCUGAGGAACAAACAUACCCCAACUCAUCCAUUCAUCCCUUCAAUUUAACCUGGCCCUUCACUUUCCAUAACAAGCCCUCUAAUAGUGAAGAGACAGAGCCGUUAUCUUCAGUUUCAUUUCCAUAUAUACAUCAGUGUUCACAACACUAUCCAAGCGAACGACCCUUUCCUCUUGCCUUUAAAACCUCAGCCGACAAUCAUUUGUAUCAAUCAUUUGAUUCUGAAAUCAUUGAAUCCCAUGAAUACUGUUAG